CAUCCAGACCGCCGCCUCAGACUCCAUCAUCACAUCCAGAAAACAACGGUCCAAGCUGACAGCUCCUCUCUCUGAACCCAGUGUCAGGAUCUUCACCUGUCCAAACCUCAUACAGACAUGGCAUCUGUUGGUCCGCUGCUCCUGCUGAUGAUGUCAGCCUUUUUCAUCAUCUCCAGUGUGACCACAUCUCCAUCUGCUGACCAAAGCGAACAUGAGAAAGCCCUUCUCGAGAAACUAAAACAAGGCAAAGAAAUAGCCAAAAGUGCACUAAAGGCUGGUUUAAAAAAUAAGGAGGACAUCAAAAAAAUUGGUGAACUUUUUCUAACUUUAAUCGCAGGCAUUGGGAGGGCGGUAAAAGGCACUGAUCAUGAUAUUCUUAAAUCUGCUAUGUCUGUGGCUAAUGUUGUGCCAGUGGUAGGUACUGCAUUUUCCUUACUAAUGACAAUAGUGAUAGUGAUAGUCGAACAUGUUAAUGACAAAUCAUUACUGAAAGAUAUCAAGGAAGAAUUUGAAAAAAUCGAUCUUAAGCUUGAGAAGCAUCAUCGGGAACUAAAGUGGAACAUCUGGGCAGCUGCAUCUUAUUCUAAGCCAGAGAUGAAAAUUAGGACUGCCUGGACUGAAUACAAAACACUGCUGGGCAGUCUCGCUGGGGCAAAAGAUGAGGAUGAAAAGAAAAGACAUGAACAAAGCUUUAUAGAAGCCUACUCAAAAUAUGAGAAAGCUCCUCGGGAAAUGGGAGAGUUGCUGAAAAAAACAGGAAAGAGCUUCAUUAAUAACCUCGGGGAUGAACUGGCUGAACAUGUUAAAUGUCACGAGAAGGAAAUCAUAGAAUAUACUUAUCUCAUUCUUACACUUAUCUUCAAGGGCAACACGAUGAAUCAAUUCUACUACAGACUGAAGAACAUACAGUCUAAAGCGAGAGAUGAUGAGAUGAAGAAGAAUGUAUAUGAAGCAAUGACAGCAAUGUUUGAAAUCCAAAAACAAUGCAUUGAUAACAGUAUGACUUAUGUUAAACAGGACGUGAAACCACUUAUUGAUAAAUCUAAAAAACGUGAUGACUUGGCAAAGGAAGUCUGGAAUUUUCUGCAGAAGACAUAUGACAGGUAUGACUGGAUGGUUGUUGGAUUUAUAGCCAAAAAAUCCAGCCAUGAAACAAUUAAAACCCUGAACAAACACGUGCUGACAGGAUUCCAGGAUGUGCCAACAGAGCGCAUUACUGUGGCCGUAUCCAGACAGGUGAAAGGGACUCACAGCAAAGUACAGGAGGUCAGCAAAGCCAUUGAGAAGUGUAUUAAUAAGAAGGUUUUGUGUUACAAGGUGGCAAAGACACUCAGCACAUGUGGGGAAAAGGUGGCAGGAAUUCCAAUGUCUCAGACUUACACAGCAGUCCACGCCUAUACUAGAAAAGCUCACCAAAGCAUUGAGGCAAAGGAAGCUAACCCUAAAGCUAAAGUUGAAGACCAAGCUGAUGAUGAAGAUGAAAGCAAUGCUGCUCCUGAAAACCCUUCAGGUCAGACUCCUUACAUUUACACAGGGGAGUGUGAGAAAUCUCCAGGUGUGAAGCAUGGAAAGUUUGUGGUUCUGAUCAAAAGUGACGAAGAAAUGAUGGAAAAAGAUCCGUGUGCCAAACAGGACUGUGGGCAAGGAAAAGGCAGAGGAAGCUGUGUUCCAAUGAAAGACAUGUUCCUUGGAAUUUGCCAGUGUAUUUAUCCAUACUAUGGGCUUCACUGUGAGAAUGACAUAAAUGAUUAUGGUAUAGAAUUAGAGAAAGAAGCAGGGACACAGAAAAAUAAACCAACAGUGACAGACAAGAGGAGGCGAAACAAGAACUGAGACAGCAGAACAGACUUCAUGAAGUGACAUGAGCUUCUUCUCUAAAAUGACACUGAAACAUUCGCUAAAUCAUCUUUUUCCUCAGACUUAAAGUAUCUAAGAAACCAAAACCACAUUUGUGAAUGCGACUAACACUAAUCCACUGCUGCAUUCCCAGUGCCUCAAUCUGUUUGGAUCACAUGUUUGUGGCUGAUGUGCUCACCGUCACUAAGGCUAAAGCUGAUUUCAUGUAAACACAGGCGGUUAAAAAAACACCAGAGUGGGCUCUGAUUGGUUUGAACCUCCUCUGAACAUUGUUCCCUUCAAACAACCAAAGUCAGUGUACGAGCUCACGUUCACUUCAUGAGAGUUUCUGCUGUUCAUGUUUCUUUGAGCAGCAGCUGAUAAUGUGUGAACCUCUGAACAACAGUGAAGCAUUUCUCAGAGUCCAAAUCUGUGUGUUAAACUCACAUGAAUGAAAUUAAGAUAAAGUUUGUGCUCAUCUGCCAAACUGAAAGACUUCAUACAGCAAUCUGAGAACCAAUGAAAUGUGUCUGCCCUGAAUAAAGCUUCUGUUUCUCUGUCA